AUGAAGGUCAUCAUCAUCGGCACCGGCCUGGCGGGACCCGCACUGGCACUCGCCUUGCACAAACACAACAUCUCAUGUGCGAUCUUCGAGCUCCGCGACAAGACGGCCGUGGAGGGCGGCUUCGUCGCGCUGGCGCCCAACGCCCUCCGCGCGCUCGACAGGAUCGGCGUGUACGACCGCGUGGCGAAGCAAGGAUGGAACUACGAGGCCUUUGAGUUCCUCUCGUCCCGGAACCUCAGCCACAUCGGCACGAUCCUGAACGGCAGCCACGACCGAUACGGGUACAAGGCGCUGCGCGUCUCGCGGGGCAUUGUGCGCCAGACGUUGGUGGAGGCCCUCGGCGAGCAAGGCAUCCCCGUGCACUACAACGCGCGGUGUGUCGCCAUCCAGGAGACGGCGCGGGGCACGGUCGUCGCCACGUUCGCGGACGGGCGCACCGAAGAGGCCGAUUUCCUGGUCGGAGCCGAUGGGAUCCAUUCGCGCGUGAGGGCGCACCUCGAUCCCACUGCCGUGCCGACGUUUAGCGGCCAGUUGGGCGUAGGGGGAAGUUUGCCUAGGUCGCGACUCGGGACGGCGUGUCACAAUGUAUACAUGCCGUGCUUGAUCUUGGGGAAGCUCAACUCUUUCAUGUUCAUGCCGUGUACCUAUACGGGCGACCGCAUCGGGUGCUUUGCCACCGUGGAAGGCGAGGACCGAUCGCGUGAAGACUGGCACAAGCUUCAGAACGACAAGACGGCCUUGUACGCGACUUUGCAGAAAUAUCAUGAGACCGAGCGGUGGCCUGGCCUCGUCCACGCCGCUUCUCAGAAUAUUGACGUCGAGACCCUCACUCUGUGGCCCUACUACACGGUCCCCGAGUUGAGCUCCUGGUCCAGCAAAUCCGGCAGAGUGAUUGUGAUUGGCGAUGCCGCGCACGCGAUGCCGCCAACUGGCGGUCAGGGGGCCGCGAUGGCCUUCGAAGACGCCCUCACCCUUGCUGACGCGCUGAGCGCGCUGAAAACGAAAACGAAAGAGAUCGACUCGGCAGCUCGAGAAACGCAUGCGUUGACACAGUGGCAGGCUGCGCGACGGGAGCGAAUCAGGAAGAUCCUGGCCUUCACUUCCAAGGGCGGCGAUAUGAGGAAGCGUUCAGUCGGCACGCUGCAGCAGCUCGUUAAAGAGUGGUUGAUGUGGGCUUAUUUCCUCUGGGUCGGGGAUGAGGGCGGCUUGUCUUGGAUAUACGAGUAUGAUACCGGCCCAGGGACGACAGGCUGUGUAUCUGGGUCAUGA